GCACGUGGUGCGGUUGCCUGGCGACGUAUCUAUAAAGCCUCCAAACUGAUGCCGACGCUGUUGUGAGACUGUGUGGAAUAAAAACUGGAAGAAUAAAAUGGCGGAAGAGGAAGAGGACACAGCUUCGGUUGAGAAAAACAUCAAUGAAGCAUUUGACGCUAAACCCUCAGUGCAGCAGCAGCAGCAGCAGCAGCAGCAGCAGCAGCAGCAGCAGCAGCAGCAGCAGCAGCAGCAGCAGCAGCAGCUCUCUGCAGACACAUACUACAAAUACGAGGAUCUGACCUCCAGACCAUUUGUCACACUCGGCUCUGAAAUCCCAGAAAACCUCCUGCACCUCUCCCACUCGUUCGGUUACGACAGUCGCCGUCGAGCGAACCUGCAGCUUCUGGACGACAGAACUCUGAUCUUCAUCGCGGGAAACCUGCUGGUGCUGCUCGACGUCGUCACCGCCGAGCACAAGUACCUGCGCUCCUGCGGUGGAGGAGGAAUCGGUGCAAUCACGGUUCAUCCGAGCCGAGAGUUCUUUGUCGCAGCGGAGAAGGGAAAGCAGCCAAACAUCCUCGUUUACGAAUAUCCAUCGCUACGACUUUAUCGCAUCCUCCGAGGUGGGACAGCGCAGGCGUUCAGCUCUGUGCAGUUUAACCACGACGGGAGCGUGCUCGCCAGUGUGGGCGGAGCCCCGGACUACAUGCUGACGCUGUGGAACUGGAGGCGGGAGGAGGUCGUGCUCAGGUGCAAGGCCAUCUCCCAGGAGGUCUACAGAGUCAGCUUCUCCCCGUACAACCCGGGUCUGCUCACGUCGUCGGGGUCCGGUCACAUCAAGUUCUGGAAAAUUGCCAGCACAUUCACUGGUCUUAAACUACAAGGACAUGUGGGACAUUUUGGAAUCACUCCGGCGACAGAUAUUGACGGAUACAUGGAACUUCCCGAUGGAAAGGUGGUGUCUGGGACAGAGUGGGGAAACUUGCUGCUCUGGGACGGAAACACUAUUAAGGCAGAGAUUUGCAGAAGAGAUGGGCGGAGCUGCCACACAGGGGCGGUCCAGCCUUUCGUCCUGGAUGACGGACAGCUGAUGACGAUCGGCUCUGACGGAGUGGUGCGGGCCUGGGACUUUGAGAGCAUCCAUGUCGCCGACGGUAACGGCGACAGCGGCCGGUUUGAGGUGGAGCCCAUGAACGAGAUGGUGGUCGGACGCAACGUGAGCCUCUCGUCUGUGGUGAAGAGUCCACAGACCGACGCCUUCAUCUGGUUUGCUCAGGAUUCCAACGGAGCAAUCUGGAAACUGGAUCUGUCGUUCACCAACACGACUCCUGAUCCGGAGUGUUUGUUUUCAUUCCACGCCGGAGCCAUCAAAGGUCUGGACGUGUCACAGAAAUCACAUCUGAUGGCCACGACCGCUCCAGACCGUUCAGUCAGAGUUUUUGAUUUCCUGUCAAAAACUGAAGUGACCACGAGUCGUUUCAAUCAGGGAGGAACCGCCCUCAUCUGGGCUCCGCCUUUGGUGAAGGAGAGUGGAGGUUUACUGGUGACGGGUUUUGAGGACGGCGUGGUGCGUGUGCUGGAGCUCUACAGCGCUCAGAGGCGUCACAUGCUCAGUGGGCGUAACCCCAGAGGAGACGCGAGGCUCCGCCUCCUACAGGCCUUCAAACCGCACACUGCUGCCGUGACCGCUCUGGCAUUCGACCGACACGGAGACAUCUUAGCCUCAGGGAGCUCCGACUGCACCGUCUUCUUCUUCACUGUCGGGGAAACCUACAGUCCCAUCGGCUUCGUUCAUGUUCCCGGGCCGGUGCAGGAGCUGCAGUGGUCGCCUCGCUCCCACAGUGAGAGCACACUGCUCGUCCUGUGUCAGAGUGGUCAUGUGGUCGAGGUGCACAGUCCAGAUCCAAAGGCUCAGAACCCGACCAAGACCUUCCAGCUGCUGGAUCUGCCGAGAAGAUCCUUCAGGUUCAGGAGCAUCAAGUCACGAAUCAAGAGAGAAGAGGAAAUAACAAGACGUAAAGCUGUGACGGAGGAGGAGAAGAAAGAGAGAGAGAAGCGGUUACAGCAAACGGAGCGAGAGGAGGAGGAUGAAGAUGAAGAGUUACCACCCAUUUACAUCCCUGACCCUCCAAGUCCUCUCUACUGUGGUUUCUAUUCUCAGCCUGGACACUUCUGGCUCUCAAUGGGAGGUUUUGACUCUGGUUUCCUGUAUCACUGCAAAUUCCCUGAGGAGCAGGACGAGGAUCUGGAUCAGGCGUCACAUGAGCCCUUUGACUUCCUGUCCGUUCACGACACAGACGAUGACCCCGUUCUUUCUGUCACCUUCAGCACCAACAGGCAGCUGCUGCUCUGCGGCACGCACUCCGGCGUCGUCCGAGUUUACCCGCUGCAGCCGGACGACCCCGGCCUCUUGUCCAUGCGGGCGCACUGGGCCCUCAACGUCCACGACAACCAGUACGGACACCUGCGUCACAUUCGCUGUAGCCAUGACGACCGCUUUGUGCUGACAGCGGGGGACGACGGGAACAUCUUCUCCUUCAGUCUGCUUCCUCCUGAGGAGCUGCAGAGGAGCCUGCAGAGCACGAGGGCCGAGGUUCCUCCUCCGAGGGUUGGUCUUGAAAACGAAGUGUUGGCUCAGGACAUCGAGGAUCCAGCGGCUGACAGCAUAGAGACGGCGAAGCAGAACCUGGAGACGAGUCGUCUGCAGCGAGAGGCGGAGCUGAAGCUCACGGCGAAGAGGAAGAAGCUGGCCGAGCUUCAGAGGACGUACAAGCAGCUGCUGACGGACAACCAGAGGCUGUCCGAGCACGUCCGCCUCACGCCCGAGGAGCUGCAGCUGGACUCGUGUUUUCAGGAACAGGCAGAACUGGAAAAGUCCAGGCAGAUACUGGAGGUCAGAAAACAGCUGAGCUGGGAGGACGAGCGCAGUCGUGUCGCUCUGAGCAAAAUACAGGAGUGGUUCUGGGAUUCUCUGGAGGACAACGCGGUCUCCGUGGUCGGCGUCCGCAGCGACCACAGCGUCUCCACUUACCUCCUGCAAACACUCACCGAGCCGCAGACGCCGCCUGAUCACGUGACCGCGUCCACGCAACCUGGCGCAGACGGUGACGCUGCAGCCGAGCGCAGGAGACACAGAGGAGGAGCUGCAGGCGACAGCAGCCGCACUGCAGAGGAGGAGGCGCUGCGGCCCCGGGUGGCUCGACCAGCGGGGAUCAAACUGGGUGAUCGUCAAGAGGAGAAGCUGCGAAAAGCUGCAGAGAAAGCGGAGCAAGCUCGAGCCAAGAUAGAGAAGAGGAAGCAGGAAUGGACUCAACUUUACGCAGAGAAGCCUGAUGAGGACUACGAGGACCCGCAGGCCGCACGGGCCAUCCGAGACGCCCGGGACAACGUCGGAGACUUGGCGCUGAGGACAGAGACCGAGCGCACGGUGCCCGAACACCUGAGGACCAACACGGAGAGGAAGAGAGCGGAGAUUAACGUCCUGGAGAAAAACAUCCGGGACAAACAGACAGAGAUGAACGGACGCAUCGUGGCGUUGCGGGACACCAAGGUCCGCCUGGUUUCCAGGUUACAGGCUCAGGCCGAGCAGCUCCACGACGUCCAGCAGCGUCUGGCGGUUCACCUGCGCCGCCCUCCCCCCGUCCUGCCGAUGGUACGACCUGAGGAAACACCUGAGAGGAGGCUGCAGUUUGACAGCAGCACACUGGAGAGAUACAGAGUCCUCAGGGAACAGAGCAGAUUAAAGUUCAUGCAGCAGGAGGAAGAGGGAACGACACGUUUGUUGGAGCAGUUGGAGAAAGAGAGAGAUGUUCAGGAUAGAGGAGGAAACCUCCAUCCCUCACUUUCAUCAGGAAAAAUAGAAGAAGAUGAGGAAGAAGAGGAGGAGGAGCUGAAUGAGUUGGAGGCGGAGCUCCACAGGGAGGAGGAGAUUAGACUCCUCUACGAGCAGGACUCGCUGCUGGAGCAGAUGGAGCGUUCGGUGCGACGUUUCGACGCCGAGCUGCUGCUGCUGCGUCACCACAAGCUGCACCUGGACUGGCAGCUGAAGACGUCCGACCUGCGCCAUAUCACGCUCUGCCAGGAGCUGCUGCUGCUCAUGGAGUUUGAGAGGAGGGAGAGCGGCCUGCAGGGGGCGCUGGACAGACUCGUCAGGGAGGAGAAGAGCAUCGCGUCCCGCGUGGACGAGUGUGACGAGCAGCUGCGGCUGAAGCAGAGAGACGUGGUGAAGCUGCAGGAGAGACAAGCGGCCGUGGUCGCCGCCUUCCAGGCGUCGCUGGGUCAGAGCGGGAAGUUUGAAGCUUCUCUCGUCACAAUCUUCAGGAAGAACGUGACACGAGUGAAGACGCGCGAGCACAGAGGGAGCCAUGAUGAAGACGAGGACAGCGAUGAAGACUCUGAUGAGGAUGAGGACGACGACGACAGCGGCUCAGAGGACAACGCACUGCAAAACUGUGACUCACAGUUGUACGAGAACACGCUGAAGCUGCGCGAGCGUCGCGUGGACGUGGAGACGCUGCUGCAGGAGGAGAAGAGGAGAGCGGACGCUCUGAAGGAGGAGCGAGACGUCCUCGUCAAGAAGCAGAGAACAGUGAAGCUCAGUGUGACGGCGGCAGAAAACGACCUGGAGUUAAUCCACAGAGAGAAGCAGCAGAAGAUGAACGAGCUGGACGUGGUGGUUCCUCUGAGACUGCACCAGAUUGAGUUCAUCUCAGACGACUCUCUGCCGUCAGACCUGAGCGAGGUGUUGGUCGUGGACCGGACGGAACUGGACCGACUUCAGCGCCGCAUCGAGCAGCUUCACCUGGAGAAGAACCAGCAGAGAGAAGCUAAGCUGCAGGUCCGCCGAGACCACGGCCGCUUGAUCCACGACUGCAGGGACCUGAAGGCUGAGAUACGCGAGCUGGAGGAGCAGUGUGACACUCUGAUGAUGAGGAAGUUCGGGAGGUUACUGGAUCUGGAGGCUCUGCAGACGCUGACGGGGAACAGAGAGCUGGAGGAGCUGAAGCAGCAGAAGGUUCUUCAGGAGACUCAGUGGACCACGGAGAUAAAAGAGUGGGACGUGAAGGUAGAGGCGUCACAUGACGCUCUGAUGGAAGUGACCAAGCACAACACAGAACUUCUCGCCAGGAAGAAAAACCUCGUUGACGAGAACACGGAGCUGAAGCGUAAACUCGACACCAGGCAGAAAAACUCUGGGGCGCCGUUCCAGGACCACAGGAGACGUGUGGACCAGGAGGAGACCUGUCGGCUUCAGACUCUGGUGAAGAAGCAGUCGGAUCAGGCCGAGGUCAUCAGGAGAGAGAUUCACUUCCUGUCACGUAAAGGAGGCCACGUCGUUGCCCCCAGUCAGGCGCCGCUGCCCCCACUCCCCCCCGCGUCCACCACCACAGGCCACACCCACACCAGUAACCACAGACCAGGCCACACCCACACCAGUAACCACAGACCAGUGCGUCCAUUCAAACUGGCUCAAGUGUAUAAGUCACACAAGUAGAGUUGAUGUUUUCCAGUUAUUUAUUAUACAUGUUUUCUUAUUAUUAAAGAUUAAAAGAUGCUGUUUUGGUCUU